CUGGACUUUCUAACACCUUAAUUCUGUCGAGAUGUGCGUGAUGGAUGUCAUAAUGAUCUUGAAAUAGUACUCCUGUGAGAAGGUUUAUUUUAUCGGACGGGAGUGUACUGCACUGGUCGUGCCUCGAGCAUCUCGCUAGCAGUAUGUACGGAUCUACACUCUGGUCUUUGGUGUGGAUAAGUAUCAUAGGCUAUACCCUGCCCGAGGAGGUAAAGCGGUCUAUGUAUGGAGAAUGUGUGAAGACUUGUGGAUUUGCCCCUCCAAUCCGGGCCCUGUACAUGGACCGACACUGUAUACGGGGUAACGAUAAAUGUUUGUACUGUAAGUACUACGGGUGUCCGGUAGUGGAGUGCUUUUCUAAGGGCAAGAAAGUGGUUCCAAACAUCACCCCAGACGGCCGAUGUAUGACCUGCGAAGAUCAAUGUGUGUACGCCUCUGAAAUUUACAAGAAGGGAGACAAAUUUAUGGCCGCUGAUGACCUGAACACGUGUCGCUGUCUGAAGAAAGGUCGUGUACUUUGUACCAUGAAGAAGAAAAAGCCAUCGCUUAGUGGAUACUGUGAUAUCUAGGUGGAAGGCGACCAUUCUACAAACGGAUUGUUUAUGCUCAACAGGUUUCUUUGUUUUAGUAAUAGGUUCCUGUGAUAAAAGUUGAUGUAAGAACGAACAGGAUAGUGCUAAAGUAGUGCAAGUGUUUGUAGAACAGUUUUUGAAAUGGAUCUUACACUCUGCAUAAGUCAUUAAAUGUUGUUUUUACUGCAACAUUUAUGCUUUUUCCAGUAAUGCACAAGUUAAGGGGUUUUUACUAUUGUAUUUCUGAUUGAAUGAAAUAAAUUUCCGUUUUCAUUUGU